ACGUUUUAUGAUGUACCAUAGCCCUUCUCACUUCGUCCCAGUAAUGGAGCUAUUUUCAUUUUCUUCCUCAACAGCAACAAUGUGUGUGUUGAGCGUGAUCGUUGCUGUGGUUCCGUUAUGGGCAAUGAAAAUGUUGAACACGCUGUGGCUUAGGCCUAAGAGGUUGGAGAAGCUUCUCCGAGCACAAGGUCUUCGUGGUGACCCAUACUCCCUUUCACUUUCCACCUCCAACAUAAACCAUGCCCCACAAAACAACCUUCAAUCGCAAUCUUUUGUUGUCUCCGAUGAUGUCGCUCCUCGCUUGUCCUUGCCCGCUAACAACACUGUUGCCAAAUACGGCAAGAACUCCUUUUUCUGGGAACACACAACACCAAAAGUCAUAAUCACUGAUCCAAAUCAAAUCAAAGAAGUCUUCAAUAACAUUCAUGAUUUCCAGAAACCAAAGAUAACUGGCAUUGCAAAGUUCUUGAUCAAUGGUCUGGUAACUUAUGAGGGUGAUAAGUGGGUUCAACAUCGAAAUAUUAUCAAACCUGCAUUCCACUUGGCAAAAUUGAAGAACAUGCUACCAGCAUUUUCUCAAAGUUGCCAUGAUGUGAUUCGUGAGUGGAUGGAAAUGUUGUCAUCAGAUGGAAAAUGUGAGAUUGAUGUUUUUCCUUUCCUUCGAAAUUUGACUCGUGAUGUAAUUUCUAGAACAGCUUUCGGAAGCAGUUAUGUAGAAGGAAAAAAGAUAUUUCAGCUUCUCAAAAUUCAGGGACACCUUGUCAUGACUGCAAAGUACAAGAACACACCAAUACUCCGGCAUUUACCAACACCUACCAAAAUGAAGAUGAAAGCAGUUGAUAAACAAAUGAAAAUUUUAAUUGGGGAUAUGAUAAAAAAACGGGAGAAAACCAUGAAGAAUGGUGAAUCCAACAAUGAAGAUUUAUUAGGCAUGCUUUUGGAAUCAAAUCAAAGGGAAAUGCAGGGAAGUGGAAACAGUAAGAGUAAUGGAAUGACUAUCGAUGAAGUAAUUGGUGAGUGCAAGUUAUUCUACUUAGCGGGGCAAGAGACAACUUCAUCUCUGUUGGUUUGGACAUUGAUCAUGUUAAGUAGGUAUCAUGAAUGGCAAACACGAGCAAGGGAGGAAGUUCUUCAUGUUUUUGGUAAACAAAAUCCAAACUUUGAUGGGUUAAGUCAGCUAAAAAUUACUACCAUGAUUCUGUACGAAGUUUUGAGGUUAUACCCUCCCACUGAUUUCAUCCAUCGCACACUCCAAAAGGACGUGGAGCUUGGAAACCUAUCAUUGCCAAUAGGAGUAAAAGUUACUUUGCCAAUAAUUGUACACCACCAAGAUGCUGAUAUCUGGGGUAAUGAUGCAAAGGAGUUCAAACCAGAAAGGUUUUCUGAAGGAGUUGCUAAGGCAACAAAAGGAAAAGUUGUGUUUUACCCAUUUGGAUGGGGUCCUAGAAUUUGCAUCGGCCAAAACUAUGUCUUGUUGGAGGCCAAGGUAGCAUUGUCAUUGCUUUUGCAAAAUUUCUCAUUCGAGCUUUCUCCUGUUUAUGUGCAUUCUCCUACAGUUAUGCUUAGCUUGCAGCCAAAACACGGGGCACCCCUUAUUUUGCAAAAGCUUUGAUAAUUAAUUGUAUUUUGAAUUGAAAGGUCAUGGUUUGAGAUCUACAAAAGAGUCUCACUACUAUAAGACUAUGCAUAUGUCACUUGGUUUAAUGUAAAACUAUUAGAUUGCCCUUUUGUAACACGUGUUUGUGUACGUGGAUUGAAACUAUAUUUCUUUUAAGAAUAUGUAUGUUGUAAUGCAUUGAGUGAUGUGUAAUGAAUAAUUAUGUUAAAUAUGUCAUGGUAUUUUUCUUUUUUGGAAAGGAAAA